AGGCGCGGGCGGUCGAUUCAGAGUCCGGAAUUCCAGAUGAUGAAAUUUGACACAGCCACUUGGGCUGUUCUUGACGUGCGCAAAAUCUUCGUCGCUUACCCUGCUACCCGAUGGGCGCUUCUUUAUUGCAACCACAUCACACGUCAACAGGACAAUGCAACUAUGGAAUGUCGAAACCAAUCAACCCAUCGGAACACCACUUCAUGGUCACAUAUAUAUGUGGGAUGUUUCUGCCAUCCUUAAAGAAGCUGGCCUUCCCGGCACAGCUCCAAAGUUGAAAGGUGCUCCUCGAAUACCUCCAGGGUUUUUUGACGAUGCACUGCGAGAGGCUAAUUUGCGCAUUCGUCUAUCCCAAUCCCAUGGGCCACAUGGUCACUCCAUUCCUGUACCACGCCAACGCACCCUCAGUCGCUUUCCCUCCUUCUGGCGUCGCUCAAAGUCACACGGGGAAACUGGACACCAUACUCGACCUCGGUCCCACCCUCUCAGCUGGACUCGGAACUUAGUAUCUGGUAUACUACGUAGACGAGAUGGAUCGGACAUGGAGCUGCGAGAGGUCGAGGUCCCUUACACAGCGGGAAAAGAAAUUAUCACGCUAGAAAGAAGCCAACUGCCAGCUCGUCUCGACCUCCCAAAAUCCAUGCCACGCAAUCAUCACAGCUACCCACUGCAUCGACGCAUUCCGCCGUCACUGGUACCGCCGCUGAGGCAUCAGGAACACCCUCGCGUCCUCAUAUCACCUGUACUGGAUGGCGCGCUCGUUUCGUGGGCUGGUUUUGCUGUAUGCCUAUUCAGAACGCAGACGGUCACCAUUAGUGAAGCGACACUUUUUUGAUUCGUAUUUUGCUGUUUCAUCUAUAAAAAAUUCUUCGUGGCCAUUGACUCUUCUGGCGUCAUCGCAUAUUACGGGCGGAGGCUAGGAAGAUGUGACCAGAUAGCAGGUAAUUUUACGAUUUUGCUCUGGGACGAUGAAGAACUUGUGCAGGAUGCUGAGCACGCACUUGGGUCGGAGAGAAAAUGAAGCAUUUCUCAACAAUAACAUAUCUACAGUUCAAGUUGAUUGAUUAGACGAAGACACGGA